ACCAUCAGUAAGAUCUUCAUCUACUUCUGUUUUCAUUCGUUUGAUUCUUUCACUUUUGUUUUAGAUCUUUGGGUUGGUUUUACAGACCUGCGGCUCAAAAUUUCAGAGAUGGGUUUGGUUUUUUUAUUCUAAAGUUUGGAUCUUUUUUCGAAGUUUAUAUGAAUGAUCGAUUGUUUGAUUGUCUAAUUGGGUCUCGGGGUUUUAAAUCACUGUUUUGAGGUGCAGUAAUUUUGUAUUUCUUUGGCUGAUUCAUUUUGCAUUUGCGUGUGUGGCUUGCCUGGUGCAUAUUCAGCGUACUUGAACUCAUAGGUGUAAUUGGUAGAUGCGUCAAUGAUCUCAAAAUAGAAAACAAGAUCAGUUUAAUUCCGCAGUGGAAAAAGUUUAGUUUUCUGCCAAAUUUACUGUGUAUUCUUCUUCUUCUUCAGUUCUGAGUUUUAGAAAUGUGUGAUGUUGGCUGACAUUAUUGGCUAUAAGACACCUUCAAUGCCCCAGUUAAUCUUCAUCACACUUGCUUUGAGAUACUGCUGCAAUAACCUUUUCUAGUGGUGAUGUGUUAAGUGAGACGGUUGGUUGUGGUCAAUAUGUGGAAUUUUGCAUCCAGCUGCAUAGCUGGAAGUGUUGGAUUAAAAAAUGAUUCUCUAAGGCCAACACAAGCUGCUUCUGAAUGUUCUGAUGAUGAGGGUUCUUCUGUUGUUGGGAGAGAGGAAGGACUAGAGUGCCCCAUAUGCUGGGAGUCCUUCAACAUUGUCGAAAAUGUGCCCUACGUUUUAUGGUGUGGCCAUACCCUCUGUAAAAAUUGCAUUCUGGGACUGCAAUGGGCUGUUGUGAAAUUCCCCACUUUACCAAUUCAGCUUCCGCUUUUUAUCUCAUGCCCAUGGUGCAAUCUCUUGUCCUUCCGGCUGGUUUACAGGGGAAAUCUCAAAUUCCCACGCAAGAACUACUUUCUUCUUUGGAUGGUUGAGAGUAUGAAUGGUGAUAGGGUUAAGUCUCAUUCUACCUUCUCCGGUGAUAAUCACGCUGUCUGGCCAGCAAAUGGAAAUGCAUCCGUGGGAAGUCAAGUGAGCCACACUCACCACCGGAGGGUGCACCAUAUUCGCCAUAUCGAGCCAUCGGCUAUAUUGGCUUUGUACAUACUUAUCACGGUUGUGUUUGCUCUCCCAUCGUUUCUUCUUCUGUACUUUGCAUAUCCAAGUUUGGAUUGGCUUGUCAGGGAAAUCAUCACCUGAGGUGCUAUUGGCUUGCUUUGUUUACAAGCACUGUGAAUAUAAGUUUUCUUCUACAUGAUGGUGCCCUCCUAUCCGUAACUCUAGUAUUCAAUUCGACGACGUACCAGUUUCCAUGAUGCAAUGUUAUUUUUCUACCAAAGCUGCUUGAUCUCAGCACAACCCUUCUCUGAUAUUGUCAGAAUCAUUUCAGCUCUUGUAGACGUUCACUUGGGCAUGUUAGUUUCUCAAAUUUUGGUUCAGGAAGAUUAGAUGCAAUGCAAUUAUCACAUCUUCCAGCAGAGGAUUGCUUCAUGCAUAUGCAAUGCUCUUGCUAGAAUACAGAAUACUUAGGACAUACAGGGUAUUUGUAUGAAGACUUGUGUUUAAUAAUAUGUUUUUAUAGUUCUAUUACUUUUGUGCUGCGUAGUUCUAGGUAUGAUGGUGGUGGAUUUUGAACAACAUUGUUUAUUAUGGUUAUUUCAUUAAAAAAGAAUAUUGGUUGUACA